AUGGUUCUUUCUCAAAAGCUUCACGAAGCUUUCAAAGGCACUGUAGAGAGAAUCACCGGCCCAAGAACCGUUUCCGCCUUCAAAGAGAAAGGAGUUCUUAGCGUCUCUGAAUUCAUCAUCGCCGGUGAUAAUCUCGUCGCUAAAUGCCCCACUUGGUCAUGGGAAUCAGGUGAGCCAAACAAGAGGAAGCCGUAUUUACCAUCUGACAAACAAUUCUUGAUUACUAGAAACGUCCCUUGUCUGCGGAGAGCUGCGUCUAUUGAAGAAGAAUAUGAAGCUGCCGGAGGGGAAGUUCUACUUGAUGAUGAAGAUAAUGACGGAUGGCUAGCUACUCAUGGAAAACCUAAAGAAAUUAAAUCUGACGAAGAUGAGAAUUUACCUUCCAUGGAAAGUCUAGAAAUCAGCGAAAAGAGUUCUACUAAGCCAGUUUCUUCCUUCAAGGAAGAUGAGGAUGAUGAAGAUAUUCCUGAUAUGGCAGAGUUUACAGAAUAUGACAAUAUUAUUGAGACAGAUCCGUCCACAUAUCUAGUAGCUCAUGAACCUGAUGAUGAUAAUAUUCUUCGCACCCGCACCUAUGACAUCAGCAUCUCGUAUGAUAAGUAUUAUCAAACACCUCGUGUGUGGCUUACUGGAUAUGAUGAGUCAAGAAUGCUAUUGCAACCAGAACUUGUCCUUGAAGACGUUAGUCAAGACCAUGCACGCAAAACGGUAACAAUUGAGGACCACCCUCACUUGCCUGGAAAACAUGCAUCUAUUCAUCCUUGUCGACAUGGAGCAGUGAUGAAGAAAAUCAUUGAUGUGUUGAUGUCACGUGGAGUUGAACCUGAAGUUGACAAGUAUCUGUUUUUAUUCUUGAAAUUUAUGGCUUCUGUUAUUCCAACAAUCGAGUAUGAUUACACAAUGGACUUCGAUCUCGGUAGCUCCAGCAAUUGA